AUGGACACCACUCAACCAGACUGGUCCACUCUCCCCGCACUUUUCCUCAACGCCAUCGCUAAAGGCCUCGCCACACGCGUAGACAUCCUCUCUUUCCGUGCCGUCUGUAACUCAUUCAAGGACUUUCCUUUCCCAUCAUUUGUAUCGUCAAUCUCCUCUCAACUCCCUCAAGAAACUUCAGCUUUUGUUAACACCCAUGUGGACUGGAAGGAAACCCCAGAAGCUCACGAGUUCAAGGCUGAUCUUUCAGGGCUCAAGAAAGAGGAAGUGAAGGUGGAGAUUGAAGACGAUAGGGUGCUUCAAAUAAGUGGAGAGAGGAACAUAGAGAAGGAAGACAAGAAAAAGAUAGAAAAGAUGGAAGCAAAGACAGAGUAA